AUGCUACAACAGGCAAAAAUGCGACACUUAACACAAGAAAAAUGUUUACUUGUCGUCAAAGAAGCACAAAAGUCAAACAAAAAACUUAGUACAAUAGCAUGUAUAGUUAGUUGUGAUCGUCGUACAGUUAGCCGUGUUCUUGCUCGCUUCCAUGAAACAGGAUUGUUAGCCGACCAAGAAAGACCAGGUCGACCAACUGCUCUUACUGACAGUCAACAGAAAUUAUUAGAUAAGUAUAUCUGAAAACAUCCAAGUGCAACGGCUGAUGGACUUGCCGAUCAUGUCUUUAACACGUUUGGUAUUUGAGUGAGUGGACGCAGGUUACAACGAUAUCGUCGAGCACUUGGAUUUUGUCCAAGAAAACAACAUAUCAAAGUUAAAUCAACAGAAGCUCAAGUCGAAAAAUGGCAUUUAUUUGUAGUAGAAUAUCAAAAUAGCAACAUCGAAAAUCAAUUUUUAUUGACGAAACACAAGUACAAUUACGUAACUUAGGUACAAUCGUUUGGGUGAAGCGUGGUGAACCAACGCCGAUUCAUGAAAUUUCUUCCCUUCGUGCCUACGUCAACUUAUGGGGUGCCAUCUGGUGGAAUGGAAAAGCGUUUGCAAGGUAUGAUGAUUACAUGAAUCAAAUUGUAUAUCAGCAACUGUUAGAGUCUUACCUUGGUCCAUAUAUACACAAAUGCCGUCGUUAUACUGUAGCUCAAGAUAAAUUAACAUCAAAUUGGACAAAACCAGUUCUUCAGUGGUUUGAAGAUCAUGGGCUCCAGUUAUUAGAUUGGCCACCUCACUCGUCUGAAUUCAAUGCAAUUGAGUAUGCUUGGCACUCACUCAAGGAAAUGGUUAGAAUGGCACAACCAAAAACACAAGCUGAGUUGGAAGCGGCGGUCGAUCAAGCAUGUCUUCUCAUUUCGCAAAAAGUCAUUCAAGGGUGCAUUUCACACAUUUCUACUUUAUUCAAAGAAGAAGCAAGUAAUUAAAAGAACAUUAUGUGUGUAGUAAAUAUUUAGAGUUUCUCUCUUUAUUGAUAUAUUGUAUUCUAAUUUCAUGUGUUGAAAUAAAGAAAAAUACUCAUUUGAAUAGGGACAUAACUUUUGUCGCGCACUGAAUGUGUAGUUGUCCAUGACUAAAAACUGGUUAUGGUAGAAGCCAGGCACUGACGGUGUUGCAAAAAUUAAGUACCGCCUCAUACCGUGUACCGCUUCAAUUCGUAUUAUACCGUACCAUACCGUACCGCGUAAUAACAUUUAUAUACUGUACCGUACCAUUAUCGCAGGAGGUUCGCGGUAUACCGUCUCGCAAAAGACCGUAUCGUUAGACUGAUUUUUCUAGUCUUUCAAACUACCAUAACGAGGUUGUUCUCUUACAGAACUUGUUGAUAUGAACUGGUCAGAUAUAGGUGAUGAUAUUUCAAAAACAUAAAGGGUGGGCCAGAAGUCCUAACUCGAUUUGUAUAUCAAAUUUUUCUAUAUUAAAACACGUCUUUAAGAAUUUGUCUCUAGGAUCAAAAAGAUGCAAUAAAACACGCUCUACAAAAUACUUUUCGAUUGACCCCGCUAGCUCGUAUAAUAAAAAAGUUAUAGACUUAGAAAAGUGCUUCACAAAAAAGAAAAAUUAUCGGUGAAUCCGAUCUCAGUAUUUUUGCUUGAACUUCUGUUUAUCAGGUUCCCUAGCACAAUUUCUUUUUUUUAAUAGAAGUGCCAUAAAAUUCUCUACAAAAUCAUACCUAAGAUUUAAUUUCAGAACUUCAAUCAAGAAAACGAAGUAAAUUAUACGCGAGGCAGAAAAAAUGAAAAUCUUGUAAAUUUGUUUUUUUUUUCGACUCAAACUUUUUCUUGUCUUACUAUUUCGACGAAAAAGCUUAGCUAAAGUGAAAACUCAGUUUGCGUUUGGUAUUUUCGAAUGUCCUCUUUCUUAUGAUCUAUAAAAAGAUUUUUUUUAGAGCAACUGUUGUGCUCUAGAAUGAAGUUUCAAAAGUCGAAAAUUCUCGUUUUUGCCAUUGCAUCCAACCAAGAGACAGGAAGCGUGCUCAAAGUUUGAUGGGGGUGUGGGUGUGGAGUGAGUGGGUGUGGGUGUGGGUGUGGGGUGGAUGAGUGUGGAGUGAGUGGGUGUGGGUGUGGGGUGGAUGGGUGUGGGUGGGUGUGGGUGUUGGUGUGGGGUGGGUGUGGGUGUGGGUGUGGGUGUGGGUGUGGG